AAUUUCAUCAUUGAGAGAACAUCUUUUCAUGGAGACUCCUACAAUGGAUCCAGUAUUCGUUAACAAUGACGUAAGGGAAAUUGAAUAGAUUAGUCGUAUCAAAUAAUAAAAAAAAUGCCAGGAUUUUUAUUCUCUUCUUCUUGUCUUCCAAGCAUAGCCUGGUUUGGAAUUUCUAUAAAUAAGUUUCUAAGCAGAUCAGUGCAAUGAACUGCUAGAAUUACAUUUUGCCCAGACUUUGGUUUUCUCAACUCCAUUACUUCUCAUCAUCGAACAUGACAGACAUCAAUACAAAUUCUGCAACAAAGAGAUUGGCAGUAGUCACAGGAGCAAAUAAAGGGCUUGGAUUCGAGAUAUGUCAACAGUUAGCUUCCAAUGGUGUAGCAGUGGUUUUGACAGCCAGAGAUGAGAAGAAGGGUGUUGAAGCUGUUGAGAAGCUCAAAGGGUCUGGGCUUUCUGAUGUGGUUUUUCAUCAGCUGGAUUUGAAGGACACUGCUAGUAUUGAUUCCCUUUCUCUUUUCAUCAAAACCCAGUUUGGAAAGCUUGAUAUCUUGGUGAACAAUGCAGCUGUUUCUGGAAUAGUAUUUGAUGAUGGUGGUCUCGCAGCCAUAAUGGCAGUGGAUGAUGAUUCUAGAGAAGUUAGGGAAGCUAAAUUUAGACAACUGGCAAGACAAACUUGUGAGACAGGCGAAGAAUGUCUAGAAGCAAACUACUAUGGCACCAAAAAAGUGACUGAAGCACUUCUUCCUCUCCUUCAGUUAUCUGAUUCACCAAGAAUUGUGAAUGUUUCUUCUUCCGCAGGGAAGCUACAGAACAUCUCAGUCACCUGGGCUAAGGAAGUGCUAAGUGAUAUUGAUGGCCUCACAGAAGAGAGAGUGGAUGAGGCAGUGAACAAGUAUCUAAAGGAUUUCAAGGAGGGUUUAAUAGAAACUAAAGGCUGGCCUGCAUAUAGUAUGUCCAAAGCAUCUUUGAAUGCCUACACAAAGAUUCUAUCAAAAAAAUUCCCCAAAUUCCGGAUAAAUUGUGUCUGCCCAGGUUUCGUCAAAAGUGACUUCAACUAUAACUUAGGGAAAUUUACUAUUGAAGAAGGUGCAGCAGGUCCGGUAAAGUUGGCUUUUUUAACUGAUGAUGGCCCUUCUGGGCUAUUCUUUUUUCAGAAGGAAGUGACUUCCUUUUGAUCAAAUAUUGUUCAAGAUUAUAUUUUUUUCUUUUUCUUUUGUGAUGGGGGGUUGGGGAUGAAGAUCAUCUUCUUUUGCUUGAAUGCUGUUCAAGUUCGUCUUCAUAAGAGAGAAUAAAGCUGGAGUUACCUCUUUUCCUUAGUUCUUUGCUCCUGUGUAUUAAGCAUCUCGCUGAUGAUGAAAUAAAAUAUGUUAGAAUUGAUACUAAA